CAUUUUAGUUUGUGAUAAUGUGAUUUCACUUACAAGUUUAACAGAAACAGUUUUCAUUAAUCAUUAUUGCAUUUACUGCGAUACAGUGUACAAGUGUGUUAAAAAGUUUCCGAAUUCAGUUGUUUGAGAGUUUUACUUAUCCGUGUUCAAAAUGUUACAACUGCCGAUAUUUUAUGGUCAGCAUCAAAACAGUCCUUUGGACAGCGUUUACAAAGCUCUGCACAAUAAGGAUUUAGCCAAGUCUGUUGCAGCUGCCGUAGACGUAUUGAGAAUGACAAAUAACUUUGUGAAAAUUGAUAACAAAGGAAAACAAUCACAAGCAGCUAUUGAGCAUGGGGUUGAGGGCAAAAAAGCUUUUUGUGAAGGCGAUUUUCAGUUGGCAUUGGUGAAAUAUAACAUGGCUAUAAUGAGGGCUCCUUCUAACUCCGAAGCUAUGAGGCUAGCGUACUACAGCCGAGCGGAACUCUUGCUGAAAGCGAAGCAGUUCAAAGCAUGUGUCAAAGAUGUGGAAACUUGCUUGGCGCUGAACUGCCCAGAGACCCUGGCUAAUAAGCUACGCGAGAUGAGAGCGGCAGCCAGCCAGUUCACAUGGUUAGAGGAGUUUGCUGUAAGGCAUGCAGCCACACCAUUUACUGAGCACUACUUUAAACUGAAAGGAGACAGUCACCCAGAUAUACCGUGUGCCAUAUCCGAUGUGGAAGUCACCAUGGAAUCUGGACAAGUCAAAAUUGUUGCUGCAAGGGAUAUUCCAGUUGGCACUCUUGUUGCAUUGGAAACUGCAUUCGUGGCAGCCGAGCAUACCAUGAAUCAUGUUACUUCAUGCCACUACUGUCUUAAGAUGUCUUUUAACUUAAUACCUUGUGAUGGAUGCUGUGCUGCCUUCUUCUGUGACAAAACUUGUAAAGAAAAGUCUAUGCGUGAAGGACAUAAUAUUGCUUGCAAAAUUAUGGACGUUAUAAUAGAUGAUGUCAAGCUACCAGUCAAAGCUGUUCUUAAAAUACGUCAGCUCUGUGACUCUUGGGAAGAGUUCAUAACUGCAUCCUAUGAUUUAGGCACAGACAGGAUGAAAAACGCUACUAUUGCUGACAUCUUUGGAUCAGACAAGUUUUCACUAUUGAAUUCAAACUAUGACACACAUUUCAAGUACGGUGCAUUGUUCAACAGAAGCAUGUAUUUUGCCAAUAUAAUACAUUAUUUGGAUAUGAAGACAUCAUUUUUCCCGACCGCACCUGAAAAGAAGAAGGCUGCUAUUGAUGCAGUCAGCAGGAUGUUGAUGCACCUAUCUGUAUAUUGUACACCUGUGCAGCUGCAGUACUGCACUUCUAUGUGUGUGGAGGGUCGUGUUUCCCUGCACAAUCACCCAAAUAAAGGGUACUUUCCAUUCAUGAGCAAACUCGCUCAUUCUUGCGUGCCGAACUUGUAUGUGGCGGGGCUUCGUAAUAGCGCCGCGCUGGUGUCGGUAAUGCCCAUCAAGAAGGGAGAAGAAUUGACCAUUUCUUAUUCAGGCCAUUGGUUGGAAGUUCAGCCAAGUGAAAAUCGUUAUAGAGCAAAGAAAAUGUUUAUCCACUACAGGACUAUAUGCCAGGACUGCAAGAUCUGCAGUGAGGAUGACUCUCUUCGAAAGCAGUCCUUAUCUGAUGAAGAAUUGAAAGCUUACCAUACCUUUAUAAUUCACCAUCCCGAUACAACAACAAAUUUUCCACAAAAUAUUGCCAUACGUUACAAGGAUACAUGUAAAAUUUUGCAAAAGCUGAGUAAAGCACCUUUUUCCAAGGAGUACGCUUUGGCAUUCGUAGCGUUUCUACAUUGUCUUAUGCAUUGUAUUGAAUAUAAGUAUCCGAACGUGAUUAUGAAUCAGUAUGAAUAGCAAGUAAGAAGUAUAAAGAUAAUUUGAUGACGCCUUAAGGCCGGUCAGUUUAUCGAUUGCGGAUCCUUAUGUGCUAUUUAGUAAUGAGUGACUGCUCAGCAUGACCUAUUUAAUUUUAGGACUUGCAGUAAUAAUAAUGUUUGGUAGGAUCUUCAUAUUAUUAUUACUCUUCUUAUAGUCGUUUGUGGUAAUUAUAACGUAAAAGAUAUUGUCACAUACGUUAUGUCUACAUAUAGAAAUUAUAUAAAGCAUGCAAAUUUUUUCAAUGUCUUUCAAGCCAAUGCAUGCAGUAUUGGCUAGAAGAUUUUUCUUCUGCUCGUCGGCAUACACAUACUUUUAUUAUGCCGGUUGCAUAGCCUCUCGGUAUAAACCACAUAUAUAUGUAUGAUGAGAGAGAUAUGAGGGUGACUGGUAAUUAGUGGCCGAUACUUAAACAUGUGAUUCUAGUCAUGAUUACAAACAACUUUGGCCAAAAUAAACUUUUAUUCAAACUCAUUAGUUUGAUUGUUUUAUCUAAAUUUUCAACGAUUCUGCUAAUUUAACUUAAACGACAUACGAUUCACAUCCGACUGAGAUCCAAUCACGACUCAAUUACGACUGAAGCGAAUGUGGCAUUCCGCUAUUUUUAAAUAAACGUUUUUAUCCUUUUCUGUGAUUGUAGAGCAAACUAUUUUACUUUAGUCUUAUAUUAGUAGCAGACGGCCCGCUAAGGUUAAAACUACUAUUGCGAUUCAAUUUCGACAUUAUUUACUUAGCAGAAUCGGGCCCCUGAUGUCUCUUGUGAUUAAGGUAAUGAGAAUUAACAAAAAGUUUCUCAGGGAAAGUUCUUUGUAAUUAUUAGUACAACCACGUGUUCAAGAAUCGGUCACUAAUUACCUAUAAUGGGUACGUAAUACACUGUAUGGUAUUGUUAAGAUUUUUUUUAUUCUCGAGUUGUAUUACCAAAAUUGUCUUAUGUUUAAGUUUUUUAAAUAUAUAUUUAGAUAAUUACUAGGUAUCGAUAAUACAGAAGAGUAGGUUCAGAGUUAUCUCGCUUCUAUGUACCAUAAAACUUUCGAACAAUCCGACCUGUUGUCUCCUAGUAGGAGACGGGGUGAACUUAGGCUUUAAUUUGCCUUAUUAUUGCAAUGUUUGUCUAUUAAAAUUAUUUUAAUUAAGCUAAAUGGGCCUAUUAAUGUAGCCCUUUGGAUGACACACAGUGUCGUUUUGUUAUGUAGUCAAGCUUAAGUAAUAAAUAAUGUGAUUAUGAAAA